UGUGUAGGCUACCAUCACAUAGGCUACAUAUUCCCGGUCUCGGAAGUUUAAUUAUUUUAAUGACAUCUGGACUAAACAGCCAUCAGCUGCCCCUGUGAGACGGGAAGAACAACAGAGUUAGAAAUAGCAUACUGCUUGCUUUCUGACGUCCUUCUCUCCUUCCGUCAACUCCCCCCCCACCCUCUCUCUCAUUCUCUUUCUCUUUCGCUCACUCAAGCACACACACCAUCCUCCAUCACACACUCACAGAUGAAAGUUUGACUGCGUGUGGCUAGGAUAGAGGAUAGAGCGUUUUUAACGGAAUCCUCGAAUCGAAGUCAGAGAGGAACGGGCACUCUCAAACCUUUUAGCAGACACCGGACAUUCAGUCAGUCAAGCAGUUUUCUUGGUCCCACGGCAGGUCUCUGUCUUGCAUGGACAAACGUUAUUACCUGGGAAACUUUGGAUGAUUUUCAACAAUCGCUCCUUCCAGAGAGGAUGUUAACGUUAAUGGUCCGUUUCACAUGAAAACACUCUGUCUGAGUAUGUGUGUCUGUGUAGCCUGUGUGUAUGGUAUCAAAUGAGGACCUGCGUGUGUUUGUUUUUGGUUUCGUCCGGCACGGCUGUGGUUUUUGGAUUAUUAACCGGUGAGGAGCAGUGUUAGAGAUGUUUCUCUGUUUUAACGAUUUACCAAUUUAUCUAGCCGUUAACGGCUGACCCGGAAAGUCCACAUUCUGCCUCGUGACUUCGGGAUUACUGCUCUGGAACCUGCAAUGAUUCUGUUGAACGUUUUCAGCGUGCUGUUUCUGCUGGGGUGUGUUUGUGUGGUGUGUGUGUGUGGACAUGGAUGGAGGGAGUCCCUGGAGUGUGUGCGGGCAUUAGAGCUGUGUAACGGGGACAGCCAGUGCAGCUCCAGCUACAGGAUUAUGCGUCAGUGCCUGUCAGGCGGGGCGCGGGAUCGCCAAACCAUGCUGGCUAGCAGGGAGUGCCAGGGUGCCAUAGAGGUCCUACAGGAUUCGUCGCUCUACAACUGUCGCUGUAAGAGAGGCAUGAAGAAAGAACUACAGUGUCUGCAGAACUACUGGAGUAUACACCAGGGUCUGACAGAAACCGGGGAGGACUUCUAUGAGCUGUCGCCCUAUGAGCUCCACGAAUUCUCAGAAGAGUUUAGACACGCCUCCAUCAUCUCAGACUCCUCUCUGUCCAAGGCCAACCCAUGCUCAGAGCCAGGAAAACCGUGUAACCCAUGCCUUGACGCAGCCAAGGCCUGUAACCUCAACGAAACCUGCAAGAGACAACGCUCCAAUUACAUCGCUAUCUGCAACAAGCCUCCUCAGCCCUCACAGGCCAACCAGGAGCCUUGCAGCCGCAAACGAUGUCACAAGGCGCUGCGUCAGUUUUUUGAGCGUGUGUCGUGGGAGCUGAGUUACCCCCUUUUGUUCUGCUCAUGUCCUGACCAGGCCUGUGCAGAGAGACGUAGACAGACCAUCGUACCUGCCUGCUCCCACCAGGAGAAACAAAGACCCUCCUGUCUAGAGCUACGGCGCAACUGCCGCUCCGACGCACUCUGCAGGUCAAGACUGGCUGAUUUCCAUACCACCUGUCAGAUGACUGGUCACUCCAUCAACAGCUGUCCCCAUGAUAACUACCACGGCUGCCUAAUGGCCUAUGUAGGCCUCAUUGGGUCUGAUGUGACUCCUAACUACAUGGACAGCAGUCCCAGUAACAGCACCAUCUCUCCCUGGUGCUCCUGCAGAGGGACUGGUAACCAAGAACAGGAGUGUGACGCCUUCCUCAGAGACUUCACACACAACACCUGCCUCAAGAAUUCCAUCCAGGCGUUUGGCUAUGGAUCAGAGGGGAGUGUACUUCCCGUCACAGAGUCUUUGGCCACGCCCUUUCCUCCCAUACAGCCACCCCUCAACUCUAAGCCAGCUCCUUCUCUCCAAGCCAAUGACAUCCAGCCUCUGGAUAGCGCUUGUGUCUUCUCAACCUGUGCCAACCUUAAGGAUGGAGGACAAAAGUGCAUUCCUUCCAAUGACUUCGAGUGUGAAGAGGCAUUAUUGGCCCAGGGUUCAAUGGACUCUGAGGGAGAGGAGGAGAAAGCCCAGAGGUCUGCAGCAGCCUCUGGACCCCUGGGUGUGAGAGGGUGUGUGAGUGUGUAUGUGACCAUGCUGGGGCUUCUGCUCCAGGCUCUGUAGCACACAUACUCACCUGACCCCUAAUCUAUAAAUCCCUUCCUCGGGUUCAGACAGGAAGCUAGAACGCCACGCACAGGAACUUCUGUGACAUCCCAUCCUCCACUGCCAUGUCAACCCAAACAAUAACAACAACAUCAAUAGAAGAGCCGAGAGAAGAGGAGAGCAGAGGAUAAGAGAGGAGCAAAGUGAGGAUGGAGAGGAGAAGUGAGGAGAUGAUGAGGAUAAGAGAGGAGGGGAGGGAGAAGAGAUGGGCACUGAUCCUACAGCACAGAGAGAAAGAGAACAAUAGAGAGAACAUGAGACAGAUGCUGAAUCGACUGAAGGAUGUUUUGAUGGAUCACCAGAGAGACUUGAGCCUCUGAUUCUGUCCUAUUCUCCUACCCGAAACAUUGAGGACUGAGUUCUACAUUACCGUACUUUGUAUUGAUGCUUUUCUGAGUGCAUGGACACUUUGGCUGAGCUGGCAGUUCUGAUGUCUUAACUGGUAGAGAGUACAAUGAGCUUGUGAAGUGUGUUGCCAACAGACGCACUUGUUAAAAUAAUGGGAGACUGCACCUCCAGAAAUUCAUGCUCAUACACAUUUUAAAAGAGACUGUAAACCUCAAGUGCGGAGAAUGGGACAGAGCAACAAUCAAGGAGAGGACUAAUGUGCUAGAGCCAAUGACUAUAUACUUUGAUUGAAUGGACUAUACUGACAUUGGACCGGACAGUACUGACUAUUGUGAUUGGAGCAGAAAGUCCAGAGAGGCGGGACUGUUCCUCUGUCUCUUACCUCAGUAAUACACAUCACCUUCACACACAGAGACACAAAUCACACCCUUGCAUCUCUCUCUCUCGCUCCCUAUAGUCUUCACUGCCUGGUAGACAGGGUUAACACACAUGUGUUACACAUGUGCGAACACACAUUCAAAUAUAUACAUACAUACAUACAUACACAUACAUACAUACAUACAUACAUACAUACAUACAUA